CGAGGCAUCAGCUGAUUUGGUAUGUCAGUUGUGCAGUUCUGACAAAUUUUGGACACAUUCAUUCUACCAAGUAAAACGUGUUUUAUCCUCAGUGUUUAAUCUACACUGACAGUUUACAUCUACAAAGAAGGCAAUAACGCUCGUUCGUCUGCGAUGUUUCACUGACAAAGGCUAGCAUAAGAAAAGCGACCAACUUUUAAACGCUUACUAUGGCCAGCCACCUACGGACAAAGCAACAAUAGGUACACGCUACAAUCCGAAGAAAACCAGCCAGUCCAAUUGUUACUAAUAUGUUAACUCGCUGUGGAAAGGAAUAUCAACCAAGGUGGUAGUUAUGAAAUAUGUCUGAAAGCUCAAGAAAAAGGAAGCACAAGAGGUCCUCCAAAGAAGAGGAAACAUCCAAAGAUCAACAAAAGGGUGAGCGAUCCAAGAGGAGGCCCAAUGAAAACCAACACUCUAGAGAGCAUGCUUCUCCUCCUGUCGAAAAGGAGAAGCGCCAAAUCAAAAAGGCUGUAUACAAACUCCGUAGGCCUACUGGAGAAGAAACAGACAGGAGACAGGUCUCUCAGACAAAUGUGGCCUAUUCAAAGACAAAAAGAACCUCUGCUUCGACCCACAAUGAUUACCCUCAUAAAGUGGAGCCUAAUAUUGCAAGGAAAGAUAAGGUUGACAGUGGGAGUAAAAUAAAGGAAAGGAGACCGUCAAGAUCCCAGGACAUUAGGAAUUCAGACACAGCUCAUCGUAGAGAAGAAAGAGGUUCUAAAUGUAGUUCAGAUAAAAAGUCUUGUCACAUGAGCGCACUUAGAUUAAAGAAGAAGCGAACAAGUCCCGGUAGUAUUUCAGAAGAGCAAAGGAAACGAUGCCGGGAUUUGCUGGAGAGUAAAUGCAAAGAUAUAGAAAUACAGAAGACUCGAAACGAGAGCAAAACAAUAGAGACCAAAGAAAAAAGCCAGACCUCUCCUCACUCCAAGGACUCUAUAAGGGACAAGCAAACAGAGUUAGUCAAAGAGACAAGUCAGGAGUUGUUGGUAAAAGAAAAAGAAAGCUUAGAUACAAAAACAUCCACAGAUUUCACCAGACAACAGUUUUCUAUUUCAACCGAGCCCAAAGUCUCCUUUAAAAUUGCUAAGUCGUCAUAUGCUCGGCCCAAAAUAGCCUCUCCUCCGCGACCUGUACAUUCCAACUUCAAGAUACCAAAGAGGGUUAAGCCAAGGCUCGCGGAGACAAACACAGGUGAGAGGAGUGACGUUACUUCUACAAGCGGGACAGGCACAUGUUCGACUGAGCACACUGUCUCUGAGGCCGCAACAAGCAGCUUUAAACAGCCUCAUAGCUGUGUGGACGUUUCUCGGAGUUUUUUAAAAUCAUUUGAAAAAAAUGAUGAGACUCCAUCUUUGUCAAGUAUCCCCCCCACUACAAGUGAUGCCAUCGCAGCGCCGACAAGUGACCAGAUGCAAGUGGCAGAAGAGCUUCACCUUGCCCGGUCUGAGAGGAGACUAGAGGUGGAUGUAAUGCAGAGCUAUGGAGAGCUCACCUGUAUGGACAUAGACACCCCAGAAGAGAGCGCUACAUAUUCUCUAUGCAAACAGCCUGCUCAGCAAAAUGUAAUCCUUGUUCUGGACACCAACAUUCUUCUCAGUCACUUGGAUUAUGUGAAAAAGAUGCAAUAUCAUGGCCUUGGAGCUUUGGGUUUGCCAAUUGUCCUGAUCCCUUGGGUGGUCCUCCAGGAGCUGGAUUCUCUAAAAAAGGGGAAAGGCCUCACAGAUUCUGUGGCUCAUCUGGCCUGUCCCGCCAUUUCCUACAUUUACAACUCUCUGAAAAAGCGAGAACGACAACUUUGGGGGCAGUCAAUGCAGCAGGCCGCUGAAAGUAACAUUAGUCUGAUGGCUGAGAAUAAUGAUGACAAAGUGCUGCAAUGCUGCCUACAGUAUCAGAGUUUGUACCCAGGCUGUGUUCUCAUCCUGUGCACGAAUGAUAAAAAUCUAUGCAGUAAGUCUGUCCUUAGUGGGGUUAAGGCUUUGAGCAAGAUUGACUUGGAAGCAGAGGUUGAGAGCUCAAGACACAACCUUAACCCCCUACAAAGCACUGUCCUCCAGAGACUUCCCCAAAUGGACUCACCAAUGUCCUCUCCGAGGCCAGGAAGGAGCUGUACACCAGUGGCACCUCGUACUCAAGAACGUCUGUCUUUAUCUCUCCCAGAGGAAGAUCACAGAAGUCCCACAGUGGAAGAGGAGAAAAUAAAUAGAUGUGUCUCUGAGCUUGAAGACUGCCUGCAGGAGGUACUGUCCAAUGUGCUUGAGAUGGAGAUGAAAGCUUCUUAUGAUGACUUGUGGCAAGAGAUCGUCUACUUAAAGCCACCCUGGAAUCUUCUUGACAUUCUCCAUUGUUUGAAAAAGCACUGGAGAGCAGUAUUUGGCUUCAUUGUCCCACGAUCUUUGCUGCAAACAGUUUUAAAUCUUAUUGACUUCUUUAAACGAGAUCAAUCAAGGGACCGUAGUUCUACACUGAUGACUAUCCAAGAAGCAAAGGAGUUUGUUAGGGAAUUUGCCAAAAGGUCAAUCCACGUUCCUCAGGCACUGACCACAAUGGACAACAUCGUCCACAAGCUACAACCUCAGCCUCAAUCAGAUGUCUGUGAUGUUGUAAUGAACGAGGAUGAUGAAGCCAAACAACUUCCUUCCUCUCAUGUCCCUCACCAUGAAGUCUGGGCCAUGUUUGAGAACAUCUGGUGUAAAGUCUGUGAGAUAAGCUUGGAAGUGUUCAAAGCUCUGGCCUUUGAUCCUCACACCAGACUGAGUGCCUUGCCUGUAGGAGGUCCUGCUCCACCACGGGAUGCCGUGGUCUGUCUGAGCCAAAUGUCCUCCAUGGUCUCACAGCUGCUCCAAGCCUUCAUCAGUGUUCUGUCCUCUUCUCCUGGUUUGCAAGAAGUGCAGGUGCUUCUCAGCACGAUCAAAUCCAAUAAGAUGGUUGAUGUUAAUUCCAGACUGGCGGAUACGGACCUACUCAGUUGUUUCUCACAGGAAGACUAUAGAGAGAAGCUAGGACUUGGUGUCAAACAGCUGACAGAGCUAAAGGAGGCACUGGACCACUGUGUUCAGACCACGGAUCAACAUGUCACUCUAAACCUGUAGUGGUCCCCAGAGCAGUGAGACCAGGUUUGGGUCACAGCUCAGGUUUGACUGACAUCACUAGUGCUCAUAUCACAGUCUAUCUCUGAAAGUUAACACCAUGCUAAAUCCUGUCAGUGCUUCGUGUGUUUACAUUGGGCUGAAAAAGUGAUACAAAAGUGAGUUCGUUUCAUAGCCAUCAUUGUUUUGUCCAGCAGAUAUUGAGUACAGAACACUCCAGCUUAUAGCAACUAAUCUGCAACAGGUUUGGUUGUCCAUGCUCCCCAUCCACGACUUAAAGGCCUGUUUUAUUGUUCAUAUUAGUUGUUUCAUAAAAUGCAAUUAUAGUCUUAUUUGUUUCUUCAAUUGUGGUCCAAAAUGUAGUUUGGUUUAUUUAUUAUUUUGUAUUUUCCUGGACCGUACGGAUUUUUUAACAUAUCCAAAAGAUUUUGUUUAUAAAUAAUUCUCAAACUACAUAUUUCUUUGUAAAAGGUAAACCUUUUGAUAAUGCUGCUGUUGCACAUCAACUGUUGCUUAACGCAACAGUAUUUAGCUGUAUGAUAAAAAAAAUAAAAUGGUUUGUCA